GACUGUAACCUUGCAGUACAUAUAAAUGUGAGAAAAAUAAGAGUUUUGUGAUAUUUCAUUGAAUAACAUUUGCUGUUGUGUGUGCAUAGACACCGGACUCAUUAAAUUAACUUAAGUGUUUAACAGAGACAUAUUUGCUCGUAUUUACCAUGCAGCUUUAAGAAGACAAGUAUGUGGUUAUUACUGAGCUUGAUUGUCUUCACGUGUGCGCGAGAGCCAUCGAGCCCGAUAUGCUCGAGAUAUGACUAUGAAGAACGUUUACUUGAACGAGUCCUUAGAAACGAACUGGCACUAGAAACCACUCUGAAUGAUAUACUGAAAACGAACGCCAAAGUUAUUGAUGCGUUAAAACUGUUAGAAGAUGGAAAAGAAAAAGUGGAGUCCACGUUGGCAGAUAUGGAAAAGAAACAAAUCGAUAUUGAAUCUAGACUGGCUGGCUUCAUAUCCGAUUCAACUCAUGUCAUGAAAUCGACGUUAGAUGCAACUGUGGUCGCAUUGGUUGAAACUUCAUCUGAGAUCAAAGAAAAUGCAUCGGUGACGAAACAGCAACUCGUGUAUGAAGUCCGCGUUCUUAAAGAUCAGUUAAAAGUCCCUACAAUUAACUUCCGUGCAUGCAUUACGACUUACUCUACAGACGUAUCAAGUGGCCUUGAUGUUAUCUUCCAUACAGUGGAGGAAAACGUAGGUCAAGGUUAUGAUCCGGCAUCUGGAAAGUUUACAGCCUCCGUCCCUGGAAUGUAUCUGUUCAGUGUUCAGUAUUGCGUUUAUACCAAGAAAAAUGUUCACCUUGAAAUCGUCCACCAAGGCAAGACAUUACAGAGGUCAGCUAACUAUGAUAACGCUUCUGAUUAUCCAUGUGUGACUAUGCAGGUAUCCACAGUGGUUGCAAUGGGACACCAGGUUUGGGUGCGCUCCACAGGAUCGAGCACGCUGUAUGCAGAUUCGCAAAGAUACACUUCAUUUUCUGGCACAUUGAUUCAUGUAUAACCGCACUAUGAAGUUUUGAAACAUACUACACUUCGUGAAGAAGGAGACACGAGUCUUCUAAUAAAUAUUUUCUAUGUUCAGACUCUUUGGAACUUCAUUUUGGUUAAAUAAAUAUGUUUUUCUUUGAUAAAAACUUAAUAUAAGUAUACAAUGAUGUAAUGCAUGCUUUAUAACUAUUUAAUUUUGUUGAAAGUGUGCUGCUUUAUUUUAAACCUAUUUAUUUUAGCUCGAUUGCAUAGAAAGCCUAAGGCUUAUUUGAAACGCUCUCGAGUCCGUUUCCUGAGACUAGAACCAGUACUACUGUGCUGCUUUAUAUCGUUGUACUGUUUUUCAAUAGCAUUUUGGUUAUCGGUUUGCUCGCUGGGUGGUUUCUUGAAUACAUGAUAAAUAACUUGUUAAUAACCAACACUUAACAACGAAAUAUCAAAUGAACACUUACUCAAAAGUAAAUUCCUUCAGUUUUAUGUUAAAAAUACUUGUAUCAAGAAAUAUGAAAUGAACAUAUAUGCACACUUGCAACGUAUUUCAUAAUAUGACUGUAGAUCUGUUGCUAUUGUGUAUGGCAGUAAGCAGGGGUGGCGAAAUCAAAUGUCCGAGUUGCCCGAGUCGUACAUUUGCUUGUCCGGGCAACUGAUUUUUUUCAAUUAAGUUGUCCGUGGACAACCAGUCGGGUUGAGAAAUACAAAAAAAAUAGAUUAUAUUAAAGCCGUUAUUAAGUUUUACUAAACCGGAUGUUGACACCCGAUAACAUUGUCAGUGCUAUUUGCGGAGCAAUCAAGCUAAAAUAUGGGCACUCUCCUGCACAGUGGUCUCGCUUAUUCUAUAAGCAUGAUAAGAGACCAGGAGGCUAUCAUGCCGCAUUUUCAACAUUCGGCCCGUCUGUUUAAUAGGCAGUGUACAGACUGGUUUGCUCGUUCAUUCCGUACCUAAAUGUUGAACGUUCGUCUUAAAUUUUAAAAUGCAUUAUUAAUACCAAAGGGGAGGUAUAAAACCCGGAACUGUUCGGAAAACCCAGAGUGUGUCACAUCGCUCCUACCUAACUAAAUUUAUAGACUCACAAAC